AUGCUCAAGUUCACUUACUGUUUACUCAUAUUGUCAAUAAUUUUUUUAUUAUUCAAGUCAUGUGAUGGGAGUUUUUUAAACUCAACAUGGCAAAGAAUUAAAAAACGAGUAACAAGUGAAGUAUUCUACUUUGAUUUAUAUUUAGUAAUAUAUAAUUGGUUAAGAAGUUGUCUACUAAAUACGGAUAAUCUUCGUGAAGUACUCUAUCCAAGUGAAUUCGAUGAUAUUUAA